AUGAAGAUGAUGAAGAUGAUGAAGAUGAUGAAGAUGAUGGUGGUCCUCUCUGGUCUCCUCUGUGUCUCAGCUGACGUGUUUCAUGAGGACCUUGCUAUCAACGGCUGUUCAGACUCUGAUGGAGAGAAGAUGUAUGCUCUGGAUGGAGAAGAGGUCUGGGUCGCAGACUUCAUCAACCAGAGAGGAGUGGACCCUCAGCCCAGUUUCAUAGAUCAUAUUACCUACCCAGGAGGUUAUGAAUCAGCUGUGGCUAAUCAACAGAUCUGCAGAGAUAAACUGAAGAAGGCACAUAAAGCCGUCAAGGACCCACUGAGGAACUAUGCUCCUUCCAGUCCGAUGGUGUACACCAAAGACUCCGUGGAGCUCGGAGAGAAGAACACCCUCAUCUGUUAUGUGACUGGUUUCUAUCCUGCUCCUGUCAUCUUCUCCUGGACAAAGAACGGAGAGAACAUCACCGAAGGAAGCAGCACCAACGUUCCCUACCCCAACAAAGAUGGUUCCUUCAACCAGUUCUCCAGACUGGAGUUCAUCCCACAGCUGGGAGACAUCUACAGCUGUACAGUCCACCAUCUGGCCCUGGACCACCCACUGACCAGAAUCUGGGAUGUGGAGAAGACUCAGCCCGGUAUUGGGCCAGCAGUUUUCUGUGGACUGGGUCUGACUGUCGGUCUGCUCGGUGUGGCUGCUGGAACCUUCUUCCUCAUCAAAGGAAAUGAGUGCAGCUGAUUGGUCGGGGCUGAUGAUGAUGUCAUUACUACUGUGUAUAAAGGGUGUUGUAUUUUAGUCAGCAGUUAUAAAUGCAGUAGUGUUGUUGCCAUUAGUUACACCCAAUACAAUGAGAAUAAUUUGCAUGUUUUUGGGGGACAUAUUUUUCAGUUGAUUCUAAAUACCAAAUAAUUAACACAUCACUUUAUCUUGUAUCACAAAUCUUUCUUGUUGUUACACAAUAUCAUAUGUAUCUAAUGAAGAGGUUUCAACACAAUAAAUUGGUAAACUGAA